ACAGCCACUAUGGGUGUUCCCAAGUUCUUCAGAUGGAUGUCAGAGCGGUAUCCGGCUAUCUCGCAGCUCAUCGCCGAGAACCGCAUCCCCGAAUUCGACUGUCUCUAUCUUGAUAUGAACGGUAUCAUCCACAACUGCACCCACAAUGACUCCGACGGUCCUACCGCUCGUAUGACCGAAGACAAAAUGUUCAUUGCCAUUUUCAACUACAUUGAGCAUCUAUUCGGCAAGAUCAAGCCGAAGCAGUUGUUCUUCAUGGCCAUCGAUGGUGUCGCUCCGCGUGCCAAGAUGAAUCAGCAGCGUGCACGCCGCUUUAGAACCGCUCUCGAUAACGAGAAGGCCCGUGAAAAGGCCAUUCGUGAGGGCGUCGAGAUGCCCAAGGAGGAUCCGUUCGAUAGCAACUGCAUCACUCCCGGCACCGAGUUCAUGGCAAAGCUGACACAGCAACUGAAAUACUUCAUCAACAAGAAGGUCUCCGAGGACCUGGACUGGCAGGGUGUGGAAAUCGUCCUGUCUGGCCACGAAGUCCCGGGUGAGGGUGAACACAAGGUCAUGGAGUACAUUCGCCAGGCGAAGGCGCAGCCGGGCUACGAUCCCAACCGUCGCCACUGCUUGUACGGCCUGGACGCCGAUCUCAUCAUGUUGGGUCUGCUUAGCCAUGACCCACACUUCUCACUAUUGCGUGAAGAAGUAACCUUUGGUCGCCAAAGCAAGGCGAAGUCCAAGGAGCUUGAACAUCAGAAUUUCUAUCUUAUGCAUCUCUGCAUCGUACGCGAAUACCUUGAGCUGGAGUUUCAAGAGCUAGAGGAGCCCGGAGCUCUAGGCUUCGAAUUCGACAUGGAGCGUGUUAUUGACGAUUUCAUUCUUAUGGCUUUCUUUGUUGGAAACGAUUUCUUACCCAAUCUGCCCCAUUUGCACAUCAACGAGGGCGCUUUGGCACUCAUGUUCAACGUUUACAAGACGGUUUUGCCCAAGGCAAAGGGCUACAUCAAUGAGGAAGGCGUUAUUAACAUGGAGAGGCUGGCCCUACUUCUGGACGAGCUGUCGCAUGUGGAAUACCGCCACUUUGAGGCGGAGAACGCGGAUGCCGCUUGGUUCAAGGGGAAGCGCGGAGGGAAAGAGGACGUAAUGGAGCGGACCAAAAAGCGAGGACAGAUUGUCAUGACCACCAACCAGCAAAACUUGUUCUCCAACAUCAAAAGCUGGAUUGGGACGUAUUUUGAUACCAAAACCCAGUCACCCUACGACCUACCCGUCAGCCUCAAGGCCGAAGACCGCAGGUUUGUCCAAGAGUUGGCCGACAGCCUGCGUCUACAGUGGAAGACGAUUCAAGAUGACGAUGGCAAUCGUCACCUUCAACUAGUCUUUCCACCCAAAUUAGUGGAGGCUGCCGAGGAUGAUGAAGAAGAGGACGAUGAUGAUGAAGAGGCCCAGAAGGCAAUCACGCGGGUUGUUCAAAAAUACGACAAGGCCAAGAUCGUCGACAUUUCAGCAGAAGAAGCCCAAAGCGCUAUGGACAAGAAAUACGAGGAAAAAUUCGACGCCUGGAAAGACGAAUACUACAAGAGCAAGUUUGAAUGGGGCCGCGACAACGAAGAGGAGCUCAGGAAGUUGACCGAGAACUACGUACAAGGUCUGCAAUGGGUUCUUUACUAUUACUACCGUGGAGUAGCCUCUUGGCCCUGGUACUACGGCUACCAUUAUUCCCCCAUGAUAUCAGACGUCAAGAGGGGGUUGAAGGCCAACAUUGAUUUCAAGCUCGGCCAGCCGUUCAAACCCUUCCAACAGUUGAUGGGUGUUUUACCGGAUCGUAGUAAAAGCAUUGUACCGGAGGCUUAUCACCCUUUGAUGACGAAUGAGGAGUCUCCUAUCAUCGACUUUUACCCGAGAGACUUCCAGCUCGACAUGAAUGGCAAGAAGAUGGAGUGGGAAGCGGUGGUGAAGAUCCCCUUCAUCCAGGAGGACAGACUUCUUUCUGCCAUGGCAACAAGGGAGCACCUGCUUACCGAAGACGAAAAAGCUCGCAAUUCAUUUGGUGUUUCCCUCAAGUUCACGUACGCCAAGGAUCUCGACUUUGUGUAUCCAUCAUCUCUGCCUGGAGUCUUUCCGGAUUUGCCCCAUUGCCGCUGCAUUGAAAAUAUCUUCGAGCUGCCUACUAUGGAAGGACUCGAGGUCUAUGUGGGCUUGAUGGAUGGUGUCAAACUUGGUGCUUCUUCUCUGGCGGGUUUCCCUUCCUUGAAAGAACUUCCUUUCCACGGCAAGCUGAACUUCCACGGAGUCAAUGUCUUCAACCAGGACAGUCGAAACGAGAGCAUGGUAGUGACGCUACUAGAUACAGAAGCUCGCACAGGCAUUGCUCAGGCAAAACUGAAGCUUGGGAAAGCAGUACAUGUCGGUUAUCCAUUCCUGCAGGAAGCCAAAGUUGUCAAAGUCUCAGAUGAGCUAUUUGACUACGUGCUACCCUCCAGUGGUCCUUCCGCCCCUGUUGCUAUAGAGCACAGCCCACAAGAAAUCUCCAACUGGAAGAAGACUGCCAAUCGUAUCGAAAGCGUGUACAGCAAACGACUUGGAAUGGUGAUCGGUGAUGUCGAAUCGCUUGUUCACGUGGAGAUGCUCAGAGGUCUUAACAAGACCGAUGAGGGAGCCAUGAUCAAAGAUUACGGUGUCAUCGAGGGCCUCCAAGUGGAAUAUGCCGCCCAGACGAUUGUUGACGAUGUUAUCAGCCCCGACCCACGCUUCUUGGAGAAAGAGGCCUUGCCCAUUGAAGAGGAAUUCCCCGAAGGCUCCCGUGCCUUUUAUCUUGGAGAUUACGCCUAUGGCAGACCCCUGCAAAUCAUCAACCAUGUCGACAACCGUGCGAACAUCAUGGUGGCGAGAUUAAGGAAACCGGAGGUCGAGUUUGGACGCGACGUUACUGUGAAGGCUGAACGCGCAACGCCUUAUUUCCCCUCGUUUGUUGUUGCCCGUCAACUUCAGAUGCCACCUCUUGCGCUAUCCAAAUUGACUGCUUCCUUUAACGUCAACUCCAGUGGAUUGAAAUUGAAUCUCGGACUCAACCUCAAGUUCGAGGCGAAGAAGCUUAAAGUCUUGGGUUAUUCGCGAAAAUCCCAAAACGGAUGGGAAUAUAGCCGGAAAGCAGUGGAUUUGCUCGCUCAGUAUAUGAUCAAGUUCCCUGAGUUCAUCGCUGCCAUCAUCAAGAACCCAACUGGCGAUGGUUGGGAAGACACCGAUUUUUUCCCACCAGAGGUUGCUAAAGAGAAGAUCAAAGAGAUUGGUACAUGGCUUAAAGAUCUACAAACCAAGAGCUUUGAGAAGGUGCCUCUGGAUGCUGAGCAGCUCGAUUCAGAUGCCGUCAAGAUGAUCGAGCAGGCGGCCGAUGCCAAUCUCGCAAGCACACAAGACUCGGCACCGCAGAAGAUAGACAAGGUGCCUCGUGUGGCUUUGAUGAAGCCGUCAGACGCAGAGCAGCGCUUGAGCAACCAAACCUUUACUAUUGGUGACCGCAUCGUCUAUGUUCAAGAUUCUGGCCGGGUACCCAUUGGUUCGUCAGGGACCGUCAUUGGAAAAACACGCACGGCUCGUGCGUUGCUACUGGAUAUUGUUUUCGACACUACUUUCAUGAGCGGUACCUCCCUGGGUGACCGCUGCUCUCCGUUCAGAGGCUCUACCGUUCCGGCCACCGCGGUACUCAACUUGACUGAAAAGCAAUUAGUCUUUUACUCCACCGCAGGGGCUGCUAAACGCCCUCAGCAGGUUUCACAGCCCUUGACUGUUCGUAGCGUUGGUGCCCCUGGUGGUCCCCAGCUGGUUGAAGCUAGUGCUCCUCCUGCACUUCGUGGAUCGUACCGUGGAGCUUUCGGUGGAAACACCAAUGGAGCUUCUCGUGGUGGGCGAGGCGCAGGUCCAGCACCACGAGGGACUACACACGCCCAAAAUGGGACUGCACACCAGCCGAACCCCCAGCAACAGCAACAACAGCUCCCGAUCCACGGUGGCCCGCCUCGUGGUGGCCGAGGGGGAUUUGCACCACGCGGUCAACAGAACGGUUUUGCUCCACGAGGCCGUGGUGGCAAGGCCAAUCGUGGCGGUUUCACGGUUACUGAUAUGAACGAUCCCAACGAAGGAGUUGUAGAGUACAAUCCUGGUUUCAGGCCCCAGAAUUACAACAACGUUGCGCCUCCGCCUAGCUUGGAAGCGCCGCGAGGAGGUCGUGGACGCGGGCGUGGACGUGGGCGUGGGCGGGGUGGACCUGGAGCACGUGGAGCGCCCCGAGGUGCAGUGCCACAGUAA